GCGGCGCUGCUGGUGCUUAGGCGUAGGGGGGCCGCCCGGAGGGGAAUUCCAGGGCGCGAUGCAAGCACGGGUGGGUGGUCGCAUAUAUUAAUGGCCCUGGUGCUGGUGGUCUUCUGUUCAAUCCCUUGUUGUCAGAUUUGUUGCGUCGGAAGGAAAGAACACAACCCCUGGUAUUGUCAAUGGAGCCUGAUCGGGAUUACAGCAGCAUCGUCCAUUCACCGCCAUUCACUUUCCUGGUCGGCCCCAACCACACCAAGUUGACCAUCCAGUCUGGUCUCGCCCGUCAUGUCUCCCAGCCGCUCGACCACCUCAUGAACAGUGGGGAGACCCGCGAGUCCAAGCACCACAUCGCCGUUCUGGAAGAGGAGGAUGUCGAGACCUUCGUCGCCUUCUGCGAGUAUGCCUACACGGGCGACUACCGCGUCCCUCCGCCCGGUUCUCGCGAGGAGGACCGUGAGGAACCCGCCGUCCAGAAUCCCUUUCGCGGCGUCUUCUCCAACGACCCGUCCAGCCCCGCCGCCGUCCCCCCGCGCGCCCCUUCCCCUCCGCGCGCCCCCGAGCCCGACGAUGGGUGGAGUCGACCCGACGCGGAGAAUGGGUCCCAGGGCAAGGAGGACGACUGGGAGUGCGCGAUUGCCCCGGACGAUGAGUUGCAGCAUCCAGCACCGCCCGUGACGGAGGAGCCCAGCGAACAACCCCCUCCCACGCCUGCCGCCGAGCAGGGGGACGGGGACGGCUGGGACGCGGGCGACGACGAACCCAAGGGCAAGAAAGGCAAGAAGGGCAAGAAAGACAAGAAGAAGAAGAAGAGUGGCGCGGCCGCGGAGGAACCUUCCACCAGCCUGACUCCCCCGUCCACGCCCCCCCUGGAGAAUUCGAAGCCGGUCGAGGAUGCUGCCAACCCACCUGCAGAGACAAGCGCAGCCCAGGAGAGCCAGGACUGGAGCGAGCCUGUGAACGCCCCCGAACAGGCUGAUGCUGCGCCGUCCUCCCUUGGCGAGGGUUGGGAGCAGGCUGCGCCCACGCCGCCUGACGUUGAGGCCGUUGACACUGCCCGGGGCGACGAGAAGGACAUGACCCAGCGGGUGGUCGAGGACGAUCAAGAUCCCAGGUAUGAGGCACCUACCAAACGACAGACGGGGCCGAUGAUCGACACCUCCUUCGCCAAGCAGCAGUACUCUCGGAUGAACGAGAAGGGCAGCAGUCUGUGGGACGACUUCGCAGCCAUCGACUAUGUCGACCCCCGUUCGUGCUUCGGUACGCGGCCACCCAGCGUGAUGUCUUCGCGUUCGCGCUCGUCAUUUGAGCUCCCCUACCUGGUCUUCCACGCCAAAAUCUACGUCUUCGCAACGCGUUACCUGAUCCCGGCGUUGGCCCAGCUCUGUCUCCGCAAGCUUCACCGGGACCUGCUUUACCUCGGGUUCGCGGAAUCUAGCCCGGAGGAAGAAGAUGAGGACCAGCAUAUCUUGAACAGCACGAAGGCGAGGAAGGUGCUCGAUCUCCUUCACUACACCUACAACAAGACCACCCGCCUGGAGCCGAUCACCCCCACGUCUGCAACCCAGCUGCGCGACAACGAGCUACGGAAGCUGGUCGUGCAUUUUGCCGCGUGCAAGGUGCGCGAUUUGGCGGCCUACUGCCCUCCAGUAGACAGCGACCUGGGGUCUGCCUCGGGCAAGCCACGGAAACUGUCCGCUCAGGGCUUCCGUGCUCUGUUGGACACCACGACAGAACUCGCCUCGGACCUGGUAUACCGUAUGAUGAUGUGAAAACCCCUCAAUGUGUUUCAGGAAUCUCCACUCCUUUCUCUCCCUUUUCCUCCCCCCCCCAAUCCUUCCUAUGACGCUCCGACCCAGCCCUC